AUGGUCUCUACUACUCGCUUCUGCCUCCUGGCAGCGACUCUAUUCUUCAACGUCUCCUCCGCAUUCCCUCUUAUCGGCCGUGACAUCCAAUGGUCCUUCACUCUGUUCCCGUCAACCUCAUGCAACGGAACUGUUGGCGACCCUCACGUCGGAUCUGGCAGCACAGGUUGUCGCGCCGAUCUCCCCAGCGUUGCCUCCGCCUAUACCCUGAACUCCGUCGCCGAAGGCUGCCGCAUCGAAUUGUUCGAUAACACCAUGUGCGAGCAGAACGAAUUCUCCGACUUCGCUAGCCAAGCCAAUACCACUCAAACUUGCCGCAUAUCUGGAGCAAGGCGCCGCUACGGUUCAUACCAGGUUACAUGCGCCUAA